AUGUACUCACAUGCGACAAAUGAAGCCUCCACCGGCGCAGCAUCAAACCCUCUACCUCCAUCCCCGCCGCCGGACGAUUUUGCGGAGCUGGAACUCGCCAUGAGGAAAACAUCCAAGCAGUACAGUUUCGCAUCAUCAUCUAUAGUGACUGUCGUCGUUGGCAAAGAGAAGCGCAAAUACCACUUGCACAAAGUCCUCCUGAAAAAUCCCAGCCUUGCGGGGGCGUUCUUCCCGAAGUGCCUUUCCGUUCCAAUGAAGGACUGGAUCGAGCUUCCCGAAGACAACUCCGUCGCAGUUGAUCACUUUGUCCGGUUGCUAUACGGCCAGCCUAACUUCGGAUCAGCAAUUGCCGAUGACGGUUACGUCCUUGGACGAAUGCAUGCGUGGGUGUUCGGGAACAAGAUUUGUUGUCCCCAGCUCCAGAACCAUGUCAUGAUAGGCAUUCUGGGUUAUUGGAAAAAGUGGGAGAUGAACCCGGCGUUGUUCGGUUGGGUGAUUGAAAAGUUGGAAGCUCAGAGUCCCCUGUUCAACGCAGCAAGAGACCAGAUGAGGUUCGCUCUCGCUCGUGGUAGCAAAAACGAGUUGUAUGGAGCGGACGGCAAGUUUGGAAGCACUUUUCAAAGACUCAGACAAAAACACUCAGACCUCGUUUGGGAGGUUGUGCUCGCUGCCAUGGAGCAGCUGAGAAAUCAGAAUUUCCAGAACCCCUUCGACCAGGCGGACAGAUAUCGCGUCAACCCACUACCGACAAAUUCGCAGGACUCGGUGCUUCGUGGUCGUGGCCAGAACUAG